ACGCCUGCGCCCCACGCUGCCGCGGCGCCCAUGGAAGCGCUUGGUUUCUGAUCCUGGCGUGCGCUGCGGGGAGAGGGUCCUGGACUGAAGCAGGGGUCUCCGACCCUCGGCGCCACCGCCAUGCAGGUCUCCAGCCUCAACGAGGUUAAGAUUUACAGCCUCAGCUGCGGCAAGUCCCUUCCCGAGUGGCUUUCUGACAGGAAGAAGAGAGCCCUGCAGAAGAAAGAUGUUGAUGUCCGUAGAAGAAUUGAACUUAUUCAGGAUUUUGAAAUGCCUACUGUUUGUACCACUAUUAAGGUGUCAAAAGAUGGACAGUAUAUUUUAGCCACUGGAACAUAUAAACCUCGGGUUCGAUGUUAUGACACCUAUCAACUAUCCUUGAAGUUUGAAAGGUGUUUAGAUUCAGAAGUUGUCACCUUUGAAACUUUGUCCGAUGACUAUUCAAAGAUUGUGUUCUUACAUAAUGAUAGAUACAUUGAAUUUCAUUCACAAUCAGGUUUCUACUAUAAAACCAGAAUACCAAAGUUCGGGAGAGAUUUCUCUUACCAUUAUCCAUCCUGUGACUUGUACUUUGUUGGCGCAAGCUCUGAAGUUUAUAGGUUAAACUUGGAGCAAGGACGGUACCUGAAUCCUCUGCAAACUGAUGCUGCGGAGAAUAAUGUUUGUGACAUAAAUUCAGUGCAUGGCUUAUUUGCCACGGGAACAAUAGAGGGUCGAGUAGAGUGCUGGGACCCGAGAACGCGUGGUAGAGUUGGCCUGCUAGACUGCGCGUUAAGUAGCGUCACAGCUGAUUCAGAGAUCAACAGUUUACCAACGAUCUCUGCUUUGAAGUUUAACGGUGCCUUGACCAUGGCGGUUGGAACAUCCACGGGGCAGGUUUUAUUGUAUGAUCUUCGGUCUGAUAAGCCAUUGCUAGUUAAGGACCACCAGUAUGGGCUGCCCAUUAAGUCAAUUCAUUUUCAGGAUUCCUUAGAUUUGAUUUUGUCUGCUGACUCCAGAAUUGUCAAAAUGUGGAAUAAGAACUCAGGAAAAAUAUUUACCUCCUUGGAGCCGGAACAUGACCUUAAUGAUGUCUGCCUUUACCCCAACUCAGGAAUGCUUCUUACCGCCAAUGAAACUCCCAAGAUGGGCAUCUAUUACAUUCCAGUUUUAGGUCCUGCUCCCAGGUGGUGUUCCUUCUUAGACAACCUGACAGAAGAACUAGAAGAGAAUCCAGAAAGCACAGUUUAUGAUGAUUACAAAUUUGUCACCAAGAAAGACCUUGAAAAUUUAGGGCUCACACAUCUCAUCGGAUCACCUUUUCUCCGGGCAUAUAUGCAUGGAUUUUUCAUGGACAUAAGACUCUAUCACAAGGUGAAAUUGAUGGUAAAUCCAUUUGCUUAUGAAGAAUAUAGGAAAGAUAAGAUUCGACAGAAGAUAGAAGAAACACGUGCACAGAGAGUCCAAUUAAAGAAAUUGCCAAAAGUGAACAAAGAGCUGGCACUUAAAUUAAUUGAGGAAGAGGAGGAGAAGCAAAAAUCUACAUGGAGAAAGAAAAUUAAGAGCCUUCCUAAUAUUCUCUCUGAUGAUCGAUUUAAAGUUAUGUUCGAGAACCCUGACUUCCAAGUAGAUGAAGAGAGUGAAGAAUUUAGGCUUUUGAAUCCACUUGUUUCCAAAAUUAGUGAAAAAAGGAAGAAGAAGCUAAGACUCUUAGAGCAACAGGAACUUCGUGAAAAAGAAGAGGAGGAAGAACCGGAAGGAAAACCAAGUGAUGCAGAAAGUUCUGAGAGUUCAGAUGAUGAAAAGGACUGGGUUGAAGAGGUCAGGAAACAGCGCCGACUUCUCCAACAGGAGGAAAAAGUGAAGCGUCAGGAACGACUCAAGGAGGACCAGCAGACGGUCCUCAAGCCCCAGUUUUAUGAGAUCAAAGCAGGCGAAGAAUUCAGAAGCUUCAAAGAUUCUGCCACAAAGCAGAAGCUAAUGAAUAAAACCCUUGAAGAUCGGUUGAAACUUGAAGCAAAAAAUGGGACAUUGAGUGUAUCCGACACCACGGUUGGCAGCAAACAAUUGACAUUUACAUUAAAGAAGUCUGAACAGCAGAAGAAGCAGCAGGAGGCUGAGAAACUGCACCGACAAGAGAGGAAGACACUCCGUCGUUCAGCCGGUCACCUGAAGUCAAGGUCCCGGAGAGGACGGCCGUUCCACUGAAUCUGGAAAUGGUCC